CUCACGAACACAGAGGUAGUUCAUGUGCAAAACAAACGCACGAGAAAGAAGACUGUUGUUGGCAUGGCAUGGUGGCUUCCUGUAUUUUAUGUUGUUCACUUCACGUUUAGUUUCACUCAGUCGCAACAUUUGAACUGCCGAUAAGUUGGAUCUUUUUUUUAAGUAUUACAACAUCAUGGAUGACCGAGAGCUGGAUUUGACGGAGGCGCAGAAGGUCGUCAAGGCAAAAUACCCACCGAUUAACAAGAAGUACGAAUAUUUGGAUCAUACUGCAGAUGUCCAAAUCCAUUCAUGGGGCAACACUCUGGAAGAAGCGUUUGAACAGUGCGCAAUGGGCAUGUUUGGCUACAUGACGGACACAGAAACAGUGCAACCUACUGAUACUGUCGACGUUGACUCAGAGGGGCAUGACAUGGAAUCUCUCCUUUUCCACUUUCUUGAUGAUUGGUUAUUCAAGUUCAGUGCUGAUCUUUUCUUUGUCCCAAGGGAAAUCAAAGUUACGCACAUUGAUAGAAUGCAAUUCAAGAUCCGAUCAAUUGGGUGGGGUGAGGAGUUCUGCCUAGACAAGCAUCCACAGGGAACUGAGGUGAAGGCCAUCACAUACUCUGCAAUGCAAAUCCAUGAUAAAGAGAAAUCUGAAAUCUUUGCCAUUGUGGACAUCUGACGAGGACCACAGGGGAUCCCCCCAUGCUACAUACCACCGACAAGGAACCCCUCAGGCCUGUGGAGGGUCACCCCUCUUUUAUAUGCACUGAAAAUUAGCAUUGAAUGCUGCUCGGAAAGCAAACUAAUAUUUAUUAUGAAUCUAAACUAUGGCCUUUCAGAAGUCAGUUGGAAAGUCUUUCAACACAUCUGGCCUUCAAGAGUCCCAGUGAUAUACCUGUAUCAUAAUAGUCUAUUUUCAAAUUAUUAUACUCCUUUCUAAACUAUUAUUUUACUCUAGCAUUAAAUUGUUAGUCAUAUUCUUACACACAGUAAUUGUAAGCAAGUACAGAAAGUAGGCCACUCACUGACAUAUUUUUAAUGGAUGCUAUUUUUAGAAUAAUUUAGUUACCAUCAAGUAACUUUAAUCGUUUAAUAAUUUGGUUUAUUUACAUUUUUUUAUUAAAAGUACUGAUUGCCUAUGAUGCACACUUUUAUUCAAAUCUUGGUGUAAUAAAAAAAAUGUUUAAUAAUUUUUUUUUAUUAUUAUGUUUUUAAUAUAAUUGCAUUAUGUUUACAGUUUUAAAGCCUACAUCAUUCAGAUAUUUUGGAUGAAAUAUUGUCAGUAGUGCUGUGCAUAGUUCUCUGAAGAGUUUGGGUCGGAGCGACAUUAGUGGCAAUAGGCUAAAUUCCCAUACAAAUUGCAAUGCCACUUUGGGGGAGAUGGCACUUGGAGCCUGGACCUGAAACCAACAAAUGAAAGGGUGGAGAUAUGUCAUGUUUAUGGUUAGGUGAGUUAUAAUUAAUUGAGGUUAUUAAUCAAAAAAUAAAAACUGAUCUGUGAGA